AUGACUUCAAUAAAAGUUGAAAAUCUGAGAAGAGACCCACUGUACACUGCUCAGCAAUAUCCAAAUUUUAUGAAAAGAAAAUCAUUGUUAAGAAAAACCUGAAACAAGCCAAGAUCUCUUAAUUGCUCUUUUGAUAUCAAUUCAGCCCCUUACCCAUCUCAAUCUGAAACACCGCAACAAUUGAUUAUUGAAAGCAACGGGAGAGUUAUAAAAAAGCCAAAUUUGCUGCUUGAUUAUCUAUGGGAGCAAUCUUCUGCUUAUGACGAUUCUAUUGACAGGCAAUCAAAGUUCAUGAAUUUAUUACCACCAGAUGCCAUGAUGACAAAUGGGAGUUAUCACCAAUCAGCUUUUCCUCGCUCACCUUUAAGUGGAGACUGAAUUGAUAGGAACUCAAAUCGACGCUAUAAAUGCCUGUCACCAAUAAAAACGAAAGUAAGAUCCAAAAAAAUAACUUCUGGUGAGGAUAUCAAAGGAAAAAGAUACUCCAAUUUGCAGCUAUUUUUGAACCAAGAAGAAGCAAAAGUUGUUUGCAAUAAGUGCGGAAACUCAAAGUGCCAAUGCAAAGUUAUAGACGAAGUCUGUGAAAAAAAUUCAGAAUUUCUUACUAAAAGAAUGAAAAAAUUCGAGGAAUUGAGAAAAGAAAUAAAGACAUCAAUUGUUUUGUAUAAUGUGCAGGCGCCAAUUAAAGAGGAAGAGAGGGCGCAAACGGUGUCUUUGAAAAAGAAAAUUGAUAAUUAUGCAAAAACAAGACACUUGUUUGAGACAGUGAAAAUCCCGCGAUAUGAAGAGGGAACUGUAUUUGGGACUACUUUGACACUCCAUAAGAAAAAUAAAAGCGAAAGCACCUAA